AAACUGGUGAAACUGCAUCAGUCGUCUGCGUUUUCCAAAAUAUCCAAAUUUAUUUCGUGUAUACUUUUUCAUAAUAAUACGACAGAAUAAAUAUUUUGCAGCAUGUCAAAGGCGAAAGGAAAGAAGAAAAACGAACGGUUCGAAGAUGAAGAGGAUUCUGAACUAGUAAAGCCAGUGCCCAACAAGAGUAGUAAAAAGGGGAAAAAGGGUAAACGUGGCGGAGAUUCUAGUGAAGACGAGUCUUUAGCUAGUAGCAAAGUGACCAGUAUUGACGCCGAUGAUUUGGAAAGUGUAAAGUCUGGAAGUAAAACGGCGCCUUCGAAAGGAAAAAAAGGAAAGAAAGGCAAGCGAAAAGAUGACUGGAGUGAUAAUGAUGACGAACCAGAUGAUAUCGUGCAAAUUGGUGGUAAGAAUAAAAUGUCAAACGCACAAGACAGUGAUGACGAGGAAGUGAUUGUUCCUCAACCAAGUUCCUUUGCUAAGAAACAGGGAAAGAAAGGAAAAAAGAAUAAAAAGAAGAAUGAAUUUAGCGAUGAUGAGGACAGUAAUACUCCAAAGUCAAAAUUCAUUGAUUUGGAACAAGAAGAAGAAGAUAUCGAUGAUGAUGAAGACCUUAUUGCAGCCGCUAAACCAUCAGCAAAAAAUUCUAAAAAAGAACACCAACACAAAGUCAAUAAAUUUGCCAUUAGUGACGAUGAUGACGAAGAGAUUGAGGAUGAAUUAGGACAAGAAGAAAACUCAAUUGAAACGGAUAAGCUUGAUUCAGAGCCAAGCAUAGCAAGUACAGAAAAUGUAAAAGACUCUGAAAUUACCAAACAAGUCCAAGACUUGCAAAUUGAAGACAACGUGCCUAAAGAAGUGCAACUUUUACCCGAUGAGGACCAAACUCAGGAAAAAGAAAUCAAAGAAGCAGCUAAAGAGGAUACAGUUGAUUCUACUUUAAAAGAAAAAAAGUUAACCCACAAAGAAAAAAAGAAGCAAAAGAAACAACAGGAAUAUGAAAAACAAAUGGAGCUUAUGACAAAGAAGGGUGGCUCCGGACAUUCCGACUUAGAUAGCAACUUCACUAUGUCUCAAGUGCAACGUACUGCUGGCCAGCAAGCACAAUUAGAACACGCAGUCGACAUUAAAAUCGAAAAUUUCACCAUAUCAGCAAAAGGAAAUGACUUAUUUGUAAAUGCCAACUUGUUGAUUGCUCACGGACGUCGUUAUGGUUUGGUAGGCCCCAAUGGACAUGGAAAAACUACUCUACUCCGUCACAUAGCCACUCGUGCUUUUGCUAUUCCACCAAAUAUUGAUGUAUUGCUUUGUGAACAGGAAGUCGUGGCCACAGAUAAAACAGCGAUCGAUACUAUUCUAGAAGCUGAUGUAAAGCGAAAUAAUCUUUUGGCAAAGAGCAAAGAGUUGGAGGAUCAGUUUGCCGCUGGUGAUAUGAGUGUGCAAGAAGAACUAAAUGACACAUUUGCAGAGUUAAAAGCUAUUGGAGCGUAUUCGGCGGAAGCCCGUGCUCGACGUAUUUUGGCUGGUUUAGGUUUUAGUGAAGAAAUGCAAAAUCGUCCGACUAACAAGUUUUCUGGUGGUUGGCGUAUGCGAGUCUCAUUAGCCCGUGCCCUUUAUUUGGAACCAACGCUACUUAUGCUUGAUGAACCUACAAAUCAUUUAGAUUUGAAUGCUGUCAUAUGGUUGGACAACUAUUUGCAAGGUUGGAAGAAGACUCUAUUGAUAGUUUCUCACGACCAGAGUUUCUUGGAUAAUGUAUGUAACGAAAUAAUUCAUCUCGAUCAAAAAAAACUUCAUUACUAUAAAGGUAACUACUCCAUGUUUAAGAAAAUGUAUGUUCAAAAGCGUCGUGAAAUGAUUAAAGAAUAUGAGAAACAAGAGAAACGUAUUAAAGAGUUGAAGGCUCACGGCCAAUCGAAAAAGGCGGCUGAGAAAAAACAGAAAGAAGUUCUCACGCGUAAACAAGAAAAGAAUAAAUCUAAACAACAAAAGCAGGACGAUGAUGAGGGCCCACAGGAACUAUUGGCUCGUCCGAAAGAAUAUAUUGUCAAAUUCCGUUUUCCAGAACCGUCACAGUUACAACCGCCCAUUUUAGGUAUCCACAACGUUACCUUUGCUUUUGAAGGUCAGAAACCUUUGUUUAUCAACACUGAUUUCGGUAUAGAUCUCUCCAGUCGGGUGGCCAUUGUAGGACCGAACGGUGUGGGAAAAUCUACUUUUCUGAAGUUGUUAUUAGGCGAACUCGAACCGCAAAAAGGAGAACAAAGAAAGAAUCAUAGACUACGUGUUGGUCGCUUUGACCAGCACUCCGGUGAACAUUUAACAGCUGAGGAAUCUGCAGCAGAGUAUCUGCAGCGUCUGUUUAAUCUCCAACAUGAGAAAGCACGUAAAGCUCUUGGCUCCUUUGGUCUCGUAAGCCAUGCACAUACAAUUAAAAUGAAAGAUCUUUCUGGUGGACAAAAAGCACGUGUUGCACUUGCCGAACUCUGCCUGAGUGCGCCUGAUGUUUUGAUCCUUGACGAGCCUACUAAUAAUUUGGAUAUUGAGUCUAUUGAUGCAUUGGCUGAGGCCAUUAACGAAUAUGAGGGUGGAGUGAUAAUAGUUUCUCACGACGAAAGAUUGAUACGUGAAACUGGAUGUACACUGUACGUAAUAGAAGACCAGACGAUCAAUGAAAUCGAUGGUGAAUUCGAUGACUACCGCAAGGAGGUUCUCGACGCACUGGGAGAAGUUGUCAAUAAUCCCAGUGUCGUUGCCAAUGCAGCUGUAUUGCAAUAACAACCGCUUUCUUUGAUGUUAGUAUUUUGAAAUUGUUUUGUUACACAUACUAUACGAAUAACAUAUUGAAAUUAUUUAAAGAAAUAUACUGUUAAAGUUGAGUUUAAAAAAGGGACCACUUAAACUCAAGAUGAAUA